AUGGAAAGCACCGCUCGACCAAACCCCGACGAGAAUGACUUCGAGUCACUCCUCUAUCUCGCUUUCGGCGACUCUGACGAAGAUAAGGCAUCGAAGAACACCGUACCCAGUUUUCUCGACACCAGACAGCUCAUCAUCCAACCGCGCUACCCAGCUGCUCGCCUCCCCCAUUUUAUCAACCGCAAUUCCCCAUUCGCAAAGGACGAAUCAUCCUUGUCGAUGAAGCAGCCCAUGUUAUCCCCCAGGAGAUGA